UUCAUUAUUGACUUUCAAUAGGUUAUAUUACACCAGGAAGGUCAUAUGGAUGAUGGUCUAACCUUACAAAGAUGUCAACAUGAAGAAUCACAGGCUGCUCGAAUCAUUCGCAAUACUACAAGCUUAUUCAGCCAGUUUAUAAGUGGGAACAACAGAACACUAUCACCCAUUGCCCUGCCUGUUGAGGAGAUGGCUCAGACUCUGCAAGACCUGAUCAAGUACUUCCAGCCUCCUGGAGAAGACCUGGAACAUGAGGAUAAGCAAAACAAGCUUCGGUCCCUCAAAAACAGACAAAACCUAUUCAAAGAUGAGGGAAUGCUGGCACUAGUUUUGAAUUGCAUCGAUCGUUUAAAUGACUACAACAGUGCAGCUCAUUUUGCAGAAAUUGCAAGAGAAGAAAAUAGUACAGCAUGGAAAGAAAUUUUAAAUCUCCUUUAUGAACUGCUUGCUGCUCUCAUUCGUGGCAACAGAAACAAUUGUACUCAGUUCUCCAGUAACCUUGAUUGGCUAAUAAGCAAAUUGGACAGACUAGAAUCUUCCUCAGGUAUUUUGGAAGUGUUGCACUGUAUCUUGAUUGAAAGUCCAGAAGCUUUAAAUGUGAUAGCUGAGGAGCAUAUAAAAUCUAUUAUUUCACUGUUGGACAAGCAUGGGCGCAAUUACAAGGUUCUUGAUGUGCUUUGCUCUCUUUGUGUGUGUAAUGGAGUUGCAGUUCGUGCCAAUCAAAACUUGAUCUGUGACAAUCUACUGCCAAGAAGAGAUUUACUUUUGCAAACACGUUUGAUUAAUGAUGUGACAAGCAUAAGGCCAAACAUAUUUUUGGGUGUUGCUGAGGGCUCUGCACAAUACAAGAAGUGGUACUUUGAAUUAAUAAUUGAUCAGGUUGAUCCAUUCUUGACGGCAGAACCCACCCAUUUACGGGUUGGGUGGGCUUCUACUUCAGGUUAUGCCCCUUAUCCUGGAGGUGGAGAAGGAUGGGGUGGCAAUGGCGUUGGAGAUGACCUAUAUUCCUUUGGUUUUGAUGGCCUUCAUCUGUGGUCUGGUCGUGUACCCAGAGCUGUGGCAUCUGUCAAUCAACAUUUGCUGUCAUCUGAUGAUGUAGUUAGCUGCUGCUUGGAUUUAGGUGUGCCCAGCAUUUCAUUCCGCAUUAAUGGUCAGCCUGUACAAGGAAUGUUUGAGAACUUCUGUACUGAAGGGUUUUUCUUCCCUGUUGUAAGCUUAUCAGCAGGUGUGAAAGCUCGUUUCUUACUGGGUGGACGUCAUGGAGAGUUUAAAUUUCUGCCUCCUGCUGGCUAUGCUCCCUGUUAUGAAGCCUUGCUUCCAAAAGAAAAGAUGAAAUUGGAACCAGUGAAAGAAUAUAAGAGAGAUUCUGAUGGAGUGAGAGAUUUGCUGGGUACGACACAGUUCCUCUCCCAAGCUUCAUUUAUACCUUGUCCUAUAGACACCAGUCAGAUUGCUCUUCCUUUUCAUCUUGAAAAGAUCAGGGAUAAACUAGCAGAAAAUAUCCAUGAACUGUGGGGAAUGAAUAAAAUAGAACUGGGCUGGACAUAUGGCAAGAUACGGGAUGAUAAUAAAAGGCAUCAUCCUUGUCUUGUGGAAUUCUCAAAGUUACCUGAGACAGAGAAGAAUUAUAAUCUACAAAUGUCAACAGAAACCCUCAAAACGCUUUUGGCCCUUGGAUGUCACAUUGUUCAUGCUAAUCCAGCAGCUGAGGAAGAUCUUAAAAAAGUCAAGCUUCCUAAAAAUUGGAGCGGAAGUAACAUCAGAUGGGGACAGCCUUUCCGUCUUCGACAUAUAACAACAGGAAUGUACUUGGCUUUGAAUGAUGAUGAAGGUCUUGUAAUGUUGGACAGAGAAAAGUCAGACACAACAUCUUCUGCUUUUUGUUUCAGAGCAUCAAAGGAUGACGAAGUAGUACUUCAGUGUGUUUCCAGUAUUCACAAAGAACAAAGGAAGUUUUGCUUGGCAGCUGAGGGACUUGGAAAUCGCUUGUGCUUUUUGGAACCAACGUCAGAAGCUAAAUAUGUUCCUCCAGACCUUUGCAUCUGUAACUUUGUCCUUGAACAGUCUCUGUCUGUAAGAGCCCUUCAAGAGAUGCUGACCAACACAGGGGAUAAUGCCAGUGAAGGGGCAGCUCAAGGUGGUCACAGAACUUUGCUGUAUGGCCAUGCUAUACUACUUCGACAUUCAUUCAGUGAAAUGUAUUUAACUUGCUUAACAUCAUCAAGAUCCCAGACUGAUAAACUUGCAUUUGAUGUGGGACUACGAGAAAAUGCAGCAGGUGAGGCAUGCUGGUGGACGAUACACCCUGCUUCUAAACAAAGAUCAGAAGGAGAAAAAGUUCGAAUAGGUGAUGAUCUUAUCCUGGUUAGUGUGUCCUCUGAAAGAUACCUGCAUCUCUCCAUGUCAAAUGGAAGUAUUCAGGUGGACGCCUCCUUCAUGCAGACACUUUGGAAUGUACAUCCUACAUGCUCAGGAAGCAAUAUUACAGAAGGAUAUCUUCUUGGUGGGCAUGUAGUACGUUUUUUCCAUGGUCAUGAUGAGUGUUUGACAAUUCCUUCUACAGAUCAGAAUGAUUCACAGCAAAAGAAAGUACUUUAUGAAACUGGAGGAGCAGGUGUUCGAGCGAGAUCUUUGUGGAGAGUAGAACCCCUUCGAAUAAGACGAGAGCGAGCACGAGCCGAAUGCACGAGGCGGCGGCCGUUGGGGGCGUGUGAGGAUAGGUGGGGGCGGGAAAUGUGCCCCGCAGGUGCGGUGCUGGGACGGGCGGGGUAA